AUGGAGACUAUUGAGGCGGCCGAGGAGGGCAUGGCCGGCGGAAGCAUGGCCGGCAGGAGCGCGGCAGCGUCGACGGGCGUCAAGUACAAGAUCGGGCAGACGCCGUUUGUGGUCAACUCGAACUACAAGGUUGUUCGUGCGCUGGGCUCGGGCGCGUUUGGGGUUGUCUGCGAGGCUGUGGACCUCCGGUCGGGCUCGUCUGUGGCCAUCAAGCGCAUCGGGCAGGUCUUCCGCCACCUGACCGACGCUAAGCGCUGCCUCCGUGAGGUCCGGCUGCUCAAGCACCUGCGCCACGAGAACGUCAUCACACUGUUCGAGGUCAUGCCGCCGCUCGGCUCGCUGGCCGACUUUCGCGACUUGUACAUUGUGACCGAGCUGAUGGAGACCGAUCUGCACCAGGUCAUCCAGAGCGACCAGCAGCUGACCAACGAGUACGUGCAGUACUUUCUGUACCAGAUCCUCCGCGGUGUCAAGUACAUCCACUCGGCCCACGUCAUUCACCGCGACCUCAAGCCGUCGAACUUGCUGGUCAAUUCCAACUGCGACCUCAAGAUCUGUGACUUUGGCCUCGCCCGCGUCGCCGAUCCCGACGAGAACCAUGCCGGGUUCAUGACCGAGUACGUGGCAACUCGCUGGUAUCGUGCGCCCGAGGUCAUGCUCUCGUGGUCACGGUACACAAAGGCCAUGGACGUCUGGUCCAUCGGCUGCAUCUUUGCCGAGCUCCUCCUCCGUCGCCCGCUCCUUCCGGGCCGCGACUUUCUGCACCAGCUCCAGCUCAUUGUCUCGGUCCUCGGCACGCCGGCGCCUGAUGACCUCGCCGGCAUCAAGAGCGACCGCGCCCGGAGGUACAUGCAGGGUCUUCCGCACCAAGACCGCGCAGACUUUGCCCGCCUUUUCCCUUCGGCCACUCCCGCCGCCCUCGACCUGCUCUCGGGCCUCCUCGAGUUCAAUCCGGACAAGCGCCUGACCGUCGAAGAGGCCCUCGCACACCCGUACAUGGCCGACAUCCACGAUCCGUCCGACGAGCCUGUUGCUGAUGAGCCCUUCAACUUUGCGUGGGAGCAGUCGGCCCUCACCCACGCCUCGGUCCGCCACAUGCUCACCCUCGAGGCUGUCUCAUACCAUCCGGACGCCGCCGAGCUCAUCGCCCAGCUCGGCGGCUUUGACGACGACAGCAGCGAUCCCACCAUGCGCACCGUCCCCACGCCCAUGACCUCUGGUGGCGACCUUCCUCCCGCCGCGGCCUCGAGUCUCGAGACGCCUGGCACAGCCCCCAUGACCAUCGCCGACAUGGACGACUCCAUGUGA